AUGUUGUUGAAGAGUGUGUGUUCACAAAACCUUCAUAAUAUUGAACCCCAAACAAUAACAGAACAUUCGGUGGUAAAACACGUGCUACCUCUCACCGUGACGCGGACGGAGCUGGACGGCGAGCUAGUCUGCAACGUGUCAUCUGCCGCCCUCGACAAUCCCAUCAUAAGGACACUCAAAUUGGAUGUCAGAGUACCACCAAACAAGAUAGCGAUAUCGGGAGUAGGCGAACAUGUGACGCAAGGAACGCUGUUGACGCUCAUGUGCAGUGUUUCAGGCGCUCGUCCUGCUGCCACCAUCGAGUGGUUCAACGGCACUGAACUACUGACACCAGCAAGUCAAAAUAUACAGGUGAAGAUAUAUCUACUUGUUCUAGAUUAG